AUGUUUCUUUCCUCAACGACAGCUUGGCGCCAUCUUUGCACUCGUGGCUUCCGAACCAGUGCAUCCCGCAAGCUAGCUAUCAGCCCAGACCACUCCAUAUACAUUUCUAAUGCGACAAAUCCAUAUUUCAACCUAACUUUGGAGGACUGGCUCUUCCGGCAUAAGGAUCCAGCGGAACCGCUGUUGCUGGUUUAUCGAGACGACCCGUGUGUCGUGAUUGGCAGAAAUCAAAAUCCAUGGAAGGAGGUCAACGCCGUCGCAGCAAGGAAAAGAAAUAUUCCGAUUGUUCGGCGGCGAAGUGGGGGAGGGACGGUGUACCAUGACCUAGGGAAUACCAAUUUCUCUAUUCAUCUACCGCGAAAGUCGUUUGACCGGCACGAGACGUCUCAAAUACCCUUGAGGGCCGUACGCUCGCUUGGUAUAGACGCACGUCUUAAUGAACGAAACGACAUAUGUGUUGGCAAAGAAAAGAUGACGUAUAAGAUCGUCAACAACCGAGCGUACCAUCAUGGUACCAUGCUAAUAUCAACGCGACUCGACAUGCUCGGUGACUUACUCAGAGUUAACAAGACUUCUAUGAUCACUCGUGGCGUGGCGUCUGUACGGUCUCCGGUCUGCAAUCUGCAGCAGUUCAAUACAAAGGCCCAUCAUGAAGCCUUCGCCGAAGCCGUAGUGGACGAAUUCCGGGACGAAUACAGCAUACACGACGAGGUUUGCUACGUAGACGACACGGAAGCCAUACAACAAAUAGACUACAUCGCGAAAGGCAUGGCCGAACUACCGAGCUGGGAAUGGUUGUAUGGACAAACACCGGAAUUCACCUACACGGUGCAGGAGUCGUUUAGUUGGGGAACAGUGAAAGUCGAUCUUCGCUCCAGUCAUGGAAUAAUUCGAUCCUCGUCGCUCCAUGUUUCAGACACGACGCUUCCAAGCACAACAGUCGAACGCCUGACUGAGUUUGUUCAGGGCAUGGAGGGCCGCCGGUACGGCGAUACUGAUUCUGCAUGGAAUAACGAAGAAGGGCCCACUGCAGACAUCGCACGCUGGCUCAUAGCAGUUAUGGAUAGCUGA